UCUUUUCAGUACAUGCACCUAAGCGGGCAGAGACAAGCGUGAAACGAAGGCGCGUGAGAGAUAGUGAGCGAGUAGAAGAGCGAAUGCCCUAUCCUAUCCUUUCCUUCACAAGUUGCAGUGUAUAACUUUGCGGCUGUUGGACCCUACAUACUGCAUCCACCACCGUUCAUCAUGCAAAUAUGCCACACAUUAGAUGGUCCAUAAAUGGAAAUGAAGAACAUGAAGAGACCAGGCAAGAUUAAAGCGAACAGUGUAGCACUCUAGCGUCCGCUUUUGCGUAACAUCACCGAACACAGAUUAAACAAAAACCUAGAGUUCCUGUUUGUAUUCAUUCUAAUCUCAUUUUUAUUGUAAUAAAAAUUUAUGUUGCAUGCUUAAUGUGUGUGGAUUUACCGAUUUAGUGUUAAAAAGGGCUAAAAUUAGUAGGUGCAGAAUAUAUGUUGAAAACAAAAAGGCCACCACCCUCUUCAAUUUCAAUUCCGUUACUCCAACCUCAGGGAACACCACCAACAACAACACAUCAUUGACUUAAAACCUAGAAUCCUUCCUUAUUCAUUAACUUACCAGCAACACAGCAACUCCUGAGGCUAAAGUUGAGGAUUGAGGCUCUGACGAUGCAGCCCAGUAGUAGUGGCAGUGGCGGUGGUGGUAGCAGCGGUGGUGUUGCCAGGUUCCGUUCAACUCCAGCGAGCUGGUUAGAAUCAAUUUUUGUCAAGGAAGAAGUGGAAGGAGAAGGAGAAGAAGAAGCUGAUCCUCCGGCGUUGAAUAGCAGCAGCAGCAGCAUCCACCAGCAGGGAUUCACUCAGCUUCUUUCCGGUGACACAAGCGGGGUUUUCCGCCACAAUAGUUCUCCCGCCGAUUUUGUAUUCGACUACUCUCAACAAUACGUAUCCUCCAACUACGACUACGACUACGCCUACGCUUCUCCGGAUAACAGCAGCGCGAAUAAUCCAAUCCCGCAGGAAAUUAAGCAGAGAGGGGUGAAAGUGGAGAAUAAGAUUAUGAAGGAUUCUGUGCCUUGGAAAGUUCGAGCAAAGCGUGGCUGUGCUACUCAUCCUAGGAGUAUUGCUGAAAGGGUUAGGAGGACUCGUAUCAGUGAUCGUAUCAGGAAGCUGCAGGAACUUGUGCCAAACAUGGAUAAGCAAACUAAUACUGCAGACAUGUUAGAUGAGGCAGUAGCUUAUGUCAAGUCUCUCCAAAAGCAAAUUGAGGAACUAUCGGAGCAGCAACGGAGAUGUAAUUGUGUGGUUCAAAGGAGUAGGGAGAUGUAAUUGUGUGGUUCAAAGGAGUAGAUAGAUAUAAGUAGAUUGCUUUGUGUUUGCAUUCGCAUACAAUGAGAAUCAACAGAUUAGACAUAAGAUCAUGUUGAGUGGUUCUUAAUUCUUUUAAGACCUGAAAAUGCCUUGCAAGUUUUUUACAUUCGACUGCCCCAACGAGUUCCUUGAUGAAUUAACUUCAGUAGAGAAGUUAACUUCAGUAGAGAAGUCCCUUUCGUUGCUCAGUGUAGUUUUGCGUCAUUUGCAUAUUUUCAUCCGACCAAAUUUGUGACACUUACUUAGCCAUCAAAGGCGAAUUAAUUCUGAAAGCAGCUCUGUUUAUCAUUUAAUUAAUUUCAAACAAAUAGAUG